AGGAGUUGUUGUGAUAGUCUGAAAAAAUGUUAGUUAGUAACAAGAAAAGCAAUAAAUGAAUGGAGAAAAAAAAAUAAUAAUAAAAAAUAAAGCUCAGACAGCCCAUUGGCCAUGGCAGAGCAGGCGCUCACCUUCCUUAUCUGCCAUCCUUCAUUUCUUCCACUUUCUCUCAUUCAUUUCCUCUUCUCUUUCACUUAAUCCAAUGGAUCCACCUCCGCCGUCCUCUCCGCCAUCCUCUCCGCCGCCCAUUUCCAAAUCUCCUUCUCUUCCUUGGAGAACCCGCCUCCUCGUCUGCAUCUCCUCCAUCUGCGGCGACCUCGCCACUCGCCCUAACGGCACCAUCAACCGCCGUCUCUUCCGUCUCUUCGAUGUCAAAUCCCCUGCCAAUCCUGUCAAACCCAUCCAUGGAGUCCUCUCCUUUGACGUCAUCGUCGAUUCCUCUCGCAACCUCUCUGUUCGCGUCUUCACCCCUUCCUCCGACGCCGCCUCUCUUCCCGUCCUCAUUUUCUUCCACGGCGGCGGUUUCGCUUUCCUUAGUAACUCUUCUUUCUCUUACGCCGCCGUCUGCCGCCGCCUCGCUCGUCGUAUCCCCGCCGUCGUUCUCUCCGUCGAUUACCGUCUCUCUCCAGAACACCGUUUCCCUUCCCAAUACGACGACGGCUUCGACGUCCUCCGUUUCCUCGACCACGAAAACAACACCGUCGGUCUCCUCCCUCCCUCCGCCGAUCUCUCUAAAUGCUUCCUUGCCGGUGACAGCGCCGGCGCUAACCUCGCUCACCACGUCGCGGUCCGCUUCUGUCGGCAGAGAUCGCAGUUCCAGAGAGCGAAAAUCAUCGGAUUAGUAUCGAUUCAACCGUUUUUCGGAGGAGAGGAACGGACGGAAUCGGAGAUUCGAUUAGAUCCAGGAUACAUCGUUUCGAUUGCGAGAACGGAUUGGCUAUGGAAGGCGUUUCUGCCGGAAGGAGCGGAUCGGGACCACGCGGCGGCGAAUGUUAGUGGGCCGAAUGCGGAGGAGAUUUCGGAGUUGGAGGAAUUUCCGGCGACGGUUGUGUUCGUAGGGGGAUUUGAUCCGUUGAAGGAUUGGCAGAGAAGGUAUUAUGAUUGGUUGAAGAAAAGUGGGAAGAAAGUGGAUUUGAUUGAAUUUCCAAAUAUGAUUCAUGCUUUUUAUUUGUUUCCUGAAAUUUGUGAGAGUUCUGUGUUGAUUAAUCAGGUUAGAGAGUUUGUUUCUAAAUGUAUGGUGAAAUGAUAUGAAAUCAAUGGAGACUUUUGAGGAAGAAGAUGAAGAUGAAGAUCAUGAUGAUGAUUAUGAUUUCAUUCAAUUUUA